UCUUGCCAGAUAUUUGUAGAGCUCAGUCACUACGAGACUCAUGGAGUCGACCUUCAAUAUCGGACACCUUCUCCAUCUCCUCUUGCUAGUCCUUCUUUUGACCUUUUCUCCCGUUUCUGAAUCAAACCAGUUUUGUGAUGCUGGGGCUGGGUAUGGGGAACCGGCAUGUGGGAUUUCGUCGUCGUCAUCCCCGUCGAAGAUAUUAAUAAAGGGGGGAACUGUUGUGAAUGCUCAUAAACAAGAGGUUGCUGAUGUUUAUGUGGAGGAUGGGAUCAUUGUUGCUGUGAAGCCCAACAUCAAGGUUGGCGAUCAUGUUACUGUGCUUGACGCCACUGGAAAGUUUGUCAUGCCAGGUGGAAUUGAUCCUCACACACACCUAUCUUUUGAGUUUAUGAGUACUGAGACAGUAGAUGACUUCUUCAGUGGUCAGGCUGCAGCAUUAGCUGGUGGAACGACAAUGCACAUUGACUUUGUUAUACCAGUUGAUGGGAGUUUAACAGCAGGUUUUGAAGCCUAUGAGAAAAAGGCAAAGAAAUCUUGCAUGGAUUAUGGUUUCCAUAUGGCAGUUACAAAAUGGGAUGAAGUUGUUUCAAAAGAAAUGGAAAUCAUGGUUAAGGAGAAAGGUAUAAACUCUUUCAAGUUCUUCUUGGCCUACAAGGGGGCACUUAUGAUUAAUGAUGAGCUUCUAUUAGAAGGAUUUAAAAAGUGCAAGUCCCUUGGUGCUUUAGCUAUGGUCCAUGCAGAAAAUGGAGAUGCUGUGUACGAAGGACAGAAAAGAAUGAUAGAACUUGGAAUUACUGGUCCAGGGGGACAUGCUCUUUCAAGACCGGCGUUGCUGGAAGGAGAGGCAACAUCUCGAGCAAUCCGUUUGGCAGGUUUUGUGAAUACUCCUCUCUAUGUAGUUCAUGUAAUGAGCAUCGAUGCUGUGGAGGAAAUAGCUAGAGCUCGGAAAAAAGGUCAGAGGGUUAUUGGAGAGCCAGUAGCUGCUGGGUUAGCCCUUGAUGAUUCUGGGAUUUGGGAUCCUGACUUCGUCACUGCAGCAAAGUAUGUCAUGAGUCCUCCUAUUAGAGCAUCUGGACAUGACAAGGCCCUCCAAGCUGCCCUUUCAACAGGAGUUCUGCAGCUUGUUGGCACGGAUCAUUGUUCCUUUAAUUCUACACAGAAAGCUCUAGGGAUCGAUGAUUUCCGGAAAAUUCCAAAUGGUGUCAAUGGUAUUGAGGAGAGAAUGCAUUUGGUAUGGGAUAUAAUGGUGGAAUCUGGCCAAAUUUCUGUCACUGAUUACGUUCGGGUAACAAGCACAGAAUGUGCUAGAAUCUUUAAUAUUUAUCCAAGAAAAGGAGCAAUUUCUCCUGGAUCUGAUGCAGAUAUAAUCAUACUCAACCCAAACGCAACUGUUGAAAUAACUGCAAAGUCCCACCAUGCUAGAUCAGAUACAAAUGUUUAUGAAGGAAGGAGAGGAAAGGGAAAGGUUGAAGUGACAAUUGCUGGAGGAAGAAUUGUUUGGGAAAAUGAUGAACUGAAAGUUGUUCGUGGUUCUGGAAAGUAUGUAGAACUGCCACCAUUCAGUUAUCUGUAUGAUGGAAUUGACAAGGCAGAAGCUAAGUACCUAUCUUCCCUCCAAGCUCCAGUAAAGCGAUUUAAAUCCACAGCUUAAAUUGUAGUUGCUAUCACUGUUAAUAUCUUAUCUCUACCUAGAAGGAAAAUAAUGCACAACUCUCCAGUAUAUAGGGUUUUGAGUUUGUAUACAAAGAAAAAUAAAUGAGAUCAUGCUACUGUCAUCACCUCACUGUGUAAAAUAUAUGGGGAUCAUCUUUCUGUCAAUUAAUGGAACUCUAAUAUGACUUUUUUCUAAUUA